CCAAAGCCAGGAGAGAUACCAACUGCCGAAUUUCAGCUGGAGAAAGGACACAGCACAAUGAAGCUCUUCAUAGGCAUUCUUUUCUGUACCUUGAUCAUGGGAGUCACCGGUGAAGGCUGGUAUUCAUUCUUCAAGGAGGCUGUGCAAGGGGCUUCGGAUUUGUGGAGAGCCUACUGGGACAUGAGAGAAGCCAAUUACCAAAAUUCAGGCAGAUACUUCCACGCUCGAGGGAACUAUGAGGCUGCUCAAAGGGGCCCUGGGGGCGUCUGGGCUGCAAAAAUCAUCAGCAGUGUCGGGGAGUACCUUCAAGGAUUCUUACACCAGAUUUACCUUGGAAGAGACAGCAUUGGGUUGGAGGGCCAGGUGUCCAACCGGAGAGCUGCGGAAUGGGGCCGGAGCGGCCAAGACCCAGAUCACUUCAGACCUGAAGGCCUACCGAAGAAAUACUGA